GAAAUGCGUAGGAAGCCAAGAGUAACAAAGGAGAAUCAAGGAGGGAAUGGUGAUGAUGCACUUCUCAAAGAUCAGUCUGUACCAAAAAAUGGUACUAUUAGGAGAUCUCGUAGACUGAAUAAUGCAACAUCUUCUUCCCAGGAUAUUGGUAUGGAAAAUGAGUUGGAUCAUGCAGAUGUCUUGUUAGGCACAGAAGGCAUGGACAACAAAGCAGAACAAAGUUGCACUCGAAGUCCUGAUGUAGAGGAGAAAGAGAUCAAGGAGAUAAAGCGUCCUUCUAAACUCGCCAAAGAAAAACAAGCCGCAGGGAAGAGCUUCCCAUCUCAAGAAUCAAGUGCAGCAGAAAUUAAGCUAGAGGCAAAAGCUAACAAGUAUAAGAGCAUGUAUGUUGAUGCGCAAAAGAAGAUCCGAGUCUUGCAGCGAGAAAAGAAUGACCUAAUUAUAAAGUUGGAAUGUGUUAACGCCAAACUUGAAGGGUAUCUAAAUGGGCAGCAGAUUUUCUGUGGGUUAAUUCAUAGUCUCAAGGAUGCAUAUACUUUUACAACUCCAGCAAAAACAACAGCAACUUCGUUGGAGCGUCCAUCAACUGGUGACGCCAGUGCUACUCCAAAGCGCUCAACUCAAACAAAACCACGAGCAGUUAAAAGAAAGAAAGUCACUUGGGCAUAGAAGUAUGCAACAGAAGAUUUUUUGGUUGGAAUUUUUUGUGGAAAGAAAGGUGUCACUCCAAACUGAUGGUAAUCGAUCUUUUAGUAGCUUUCGCUUCAGUGUUAGUUUUAACUAUUACCCAGUGUAGUGCUAUCUCGCUUGUAACUUAUUUUGCGUACUUCCGACAUUACAAUGGGACAACGAUUGAAUGUUCUUCGUAACUUCAUGCACAGCAUUUCACCUCUUGAAUUGGAACUUGCCAGUAGUAUCUCUCUGGUUUCAGAGUUUCCUUAGUUUUUUUAGAUUGAAAUGGCUCAACUUUUCAUUUUACAUUUUUACAAGACUUGCAUUGUAAAAAGCCUGAG